CUCUGGUUUUCAUUCUCGCGCAAGCUUCUCAUCAAAAUUUCAAAAAUCACCCGCUCAUACUCUCUCUCGCAUUCAAAAGCCUUCACUCUUCCUCCUAUAAAAACCAUCACAAACACCAUUCAAUCCACCAUCUAUCUCCUCCCACCCAAACCCUAAUCCCCAUCUCCCUCUCUCUCAAUCCUCAACAAGAUCCACAUUUAGAAUUCAUUUAGUUUUAAGUUUUUAACCCAAAAAUGCCUUCGAUCCCCGAAGAACCAUUGCUAGCCCCAAACCCAGAUCGAUUUUGUAUGUUUCCGAUUCAGUACCCUCAAAUCUGGGAAAUGUACAAGAAAGCCGAGGCCUCGUUCUGGACCGCCGAGGAAGUCGAUCUCUCACAAGAUAUUCCUCACUGGGAAACCCUAACCGGCGAUGAAAAACACUUCAUCACUCACGUGCUUGCCUUCUUCGCCGCCUCCGAUGGAAUCGUGUUGGAAAAUCUCGCCGGACGAUUCAUGAAGGAAGUCCAAGUCGCCGAGGCACGUGCCUUCUAUGGUUUCCAAAUUGCCAUUGAAAAUAUCCACUCAGAAAUGUACAGUCUCUUGUUGGAGUCCUACAUCAAAGACUCUGAUGAGAAGAAUAGGCUCUUCCACGCAAUCGAGACCGUCCCUUGUGUCGAAAAGAAGGCCAAGUGGGCCCUCAGAUGGAUCGAUGGCUCCGAAUCAUUCGCCGAGCGUUUGAUCGCUUUCGCUUGUGUGGAAGGGAUCUUUUUCUCCGGAAGCUUCUGUGCUAUAUUCUGGUUGAAGAAACGUGGGUUAAUGCCUGGACUCACAUUUUCAAACGAGUUGAUCUCUAGAGACGAAGGUCUACACUGUGAUUUUGCUUGUUUGCUUUACAGUUUGCUUAGAAUGAAACUGAGUGAGGACCGAGUUAAAGGACUCAUUGCUGACGCCGUGGAGAUAGAGAGAGAGUUUGUGUGCGACGCUUUAUCCUGUCGCUUGGUGGGUAUGAACAGUGAUCUGAUGAGUCAGUACAUUGAGUUUGUGGCUGAUAGAUUGUUGGGCGCAUUGGGAUAUGGGAAAUUGUACAAUGUUCAGAAUCCAUUUGAUUGGAUGGAGCUGAUUAGUUUGCAGGGGAAGACUAAUUUCUUUGAGAAGAGGGUUGGGGAGUAUCAGAAAGCUUCGGUGAUGUCCAGUUUGAAUGGGAAUGGUGCCAACACUCAUGUGUUCAAGAUGGAUGAGGAUUUCUGAUUUAUGGGUUUGUAUGAAUUUUUUGUUUGUUUUUGUUUUUCUUUUAUGUUUACAAGUGGUUGUUCAAAUUGUAUUAUUUUAUGGUAAAUUGAAAAAAAAAAAGUUUGUUUUCUUGUCCAUUUUCUUUUGCCUAGAUGUUAUAAACAAGUACUUUUCAG